AUGCCACCUACGAGCCACAGGAGGAAGAAGCAUAUCCCGAACAAGAGAACGGAGAUCCUGGACGACGAUGGCUGGACACGGAUCACCUCCACCACCACUUCCACAGGGAGACGCCCCUCUACCACAACGACGCCUAACGACUUGGGAAGUUCAAGCGCAGCAGGCCAUCCUCCGCCAAGCUUAAGCGGAUCAUUGCCCGCUCGCGACCCCAUGCCGGCCCGUCCAGGCUCGAGCCUCUCAUCCAUGCUCGCUCAGUUCCGUGGCAUCGAGUCGCGCUGGCAGGCCACAGAGCUUUGCAAAACACUCGUACACGUCCUGGAAAAGGAAAUCUUGACGGGCGACGGUCGAAACAUUGACCCAAUAUCCACGUGCGUCAUGCUCGGCAGCGGCUCCUUCUGCGGCGACGCCGCGCACUGGAUCGACAGGCACGACUCGGCGUACUUCCAGCUCGCGGCGUUCCGGACCGUGGUGCACACGGUGGAGCGGGUGUCAGGCCAGCGUGUGUGCGCGUACGCCCAGGAGCCGAAGUACAAUGACUUGGACGGCGAGCUGCUUGACGCUCUCAAUGUGACACUGGUGGACCAUCCGCGUGGCUUCCAUUUGCUGGACGAGCACUCUGUAGCGUACUCACCGGCCGCGGAACGGGAGGUCGAGGCGGCUGUUAUAGCGAGAAAGCCGAGGGUCUGGCUCCAUCGGUCGUUGGAUUACUUGUUGCAGGAGGAGGAAGAGCAGGGUUCGCAGACGAGGUCCGCUGCUGUGCAGUUCGCGGCAAAUCACGAGCACAUGAAAUUGCCGGCCUUGGAUGUCAAGAACUUUCCGUUCCACGGGUCGGUGAUUUGGUGGAGGAAGGGGUACCAAAGAUCGUGA